AUGCGAUCCGCCAUCUACGCUCUACACCUUGGUGUGUGCCUGCUGGCAGGGCAAGCCUGCGCGUUCGUAUGUUCGCCCUCCGGGCGAGCAAUUGCUUCCGUUGGUCCCAAAGGAGCCUCCAGAGCACCAGCAGGAAUAGUGAUGCAAGCGACUUCGAACGUCGAGUCGUCAGUGUCGAGGUACAAGAAGUUGGUGGGCGCCAAGCGAUGGGAGACGGACGAGGGGAUCGAGAAGAGGGCAGCGGGCACCUUUGCGGACAUGUGCAAGGUCUAUGGCGAGGACAACGCCGUGCAGAUGGUGAAGAACUCGCCCUCGUGCCUCGGCUACGACGGGUCGGUUUUCCAGGCCACCUUCGAGGCCUUCACGGAGGUGUUCGGGGAGGAAGAGACGAAAGGGAUGGUGACUCGCAACCCCAACCUCCUUGCGGUGCGGCCGACCGGUUUCGGCGGCGCGGCUAACGCGAAGUCGGACACGAUGCAGAUGAGCUACGUCAUCGCGGCCACUAGGCCUCUUGGACCCGUCCUCCUCUUCGGCCUGGCCUUCUGCCUUGCCAUUCCCUUGGUCGAGAUGGGCACCGGCAUUUCGCGGGAGCAGAUCCUCUCGGCGAUCAUCUCCGGCGGCAACUAACCCGGCGCGUGGACCGUCGUACCCGGUGUCUAGGGUAAAGGAGGACGCGGAUAUUUUUUGUAGAUUGGCCUUUGCAGAACCGAAGACGACACCCGUUUGUUCGCGGAAAGCCAACAGCAACGAAGUGUGUUAUCGGAUGUGAAUCCGUUCUCGCUCUUCUAGGAGUGUCGUGUCCUGUUGGAGUACACCGCUGCUGGUUGUCGUUGAACGAUGUCUGCGUGACGCAGUGCUUCCUCUGCGCCUUUUGAGAUUACACUGCCGUGCGUGUGUUUUGCCGCAUGUAGUGCGAGUUUGAGGGAAAUUUGAAUUUUGAUGUUUUCUCUCUUUUCCUCAUGUGCCCAUGAUGCUUAGAGGACGCCCAAAAACACCGCCUGUGGUAUUGUUGUGCAAUUUUGAGUGUACCGGAGUCGCUUGGCUUUCGACAGGAGCCGGUGGUGGAGGGACGAGGGGAGUCAAGGGCGGCGCAGCAGAAGGCAACAAACUCUUGUGUAUAGGUCCCGUGUUGGGAUACCGUUGCGUUGCAUCAGUCAUAUUUCCAUGAGGGGGGGAGGGGGGUGGAUGUGACCGCGUCGGCAGCACGACCAGCAUGCGGCAACGGCGUCUUUCUUUUCGUGGAGACUGUUGUUGUUGCGGAGACACUUGUCUUGCGACGUGUGACAUUGGCAGGGAUUCGCCCGGACGGUUAUCGCGUGCGGUAGCCGGCACCACCGGGCCUUAGAGCGGACUGGAGAACCCAUCCUUUGCAAUCGGGCAACAUCUGUUCUUGCGCUGACUUUCCGCGUGAGCCACGUGCCCUCUUUGCGAACGGCCUAAGCUUGAUACCCAUCCGCUGGUUCUGCCAAGGCCUGCAUGGCAACUUUGUGGGGACGUUUUUAUCUCAGGAUCCCGAUGUCGAGUUAUUUCCCUGUUGCUACCGUGUUCGUUUCUUUCGACUCACUUGCGUCGCCAACCACAAAGUACCCACCGAUGAUCAUACCGAACAUGAAAAAACAAAACUUUGCCAAGGGAAAAAGACAAACGACAUCGUGAUGAGAGCGUCCACACGGAGCACGGAUGCUACCAUCUAGCUACUACCAACGCGGAUCAGUCGCCACCAAGACCACCAACCUCUUCCACCGCGUUUCACCCCAACACCGCCCUCUAGUUCCUUUAGGGGGUCCUCGCAAUCCAGAAGACUGAUACACACCGCGAGGACAGAUUUCCAAGCUCGAGCCCCUCGGUGCAGCAGAGCGAUGGUCCUUGUGUGGGCAUGCAUACCUCUCGCAGAGCGCAGCAGUGCUGCGAAAAUACAGUAGUGCUGCAAGCACAAGCGCACAGAAAUGGAGAGAAAAAUGCUAUACCGGGCGGGGUGGAACGAAACUAGAAGUGGUGUGGCGAUGCGUUCGGGCCUUGCUUCCAAGUGGGGUCCCUUCCCGGCUAAAUC